AUGCUUGGCUACAACGCACCCGGUGCCGGCGAAGUUUCCUCCCCCAAGCGCGACAGUGAGCUGUGGUUCGAGGAUGGCACGCUCGAACUGAUCGUCGAAGACACCGCGUUCCGCGUGUACAAAGGUCUCCUCGCACACCACUCUGCAGUGUUCAAGGACAUGUUCACGCUCCCUCCCCUCCCUGCCCCCAACAUCGGUUCUGCGGAGUCACGCUCCGUCGACGGAAACCUGGUGCAGUGCGCCGUGGUGCAUCUGCCAGACUCGGCGAGAGAAUGGCGAUAUGUUUUGCGUGUGCUGAUCAUGGGCGGCGCCCGAGGGUUACGUGAGAGGGUUUCCCGACCACUCGACUUGAAGACCGAGGAACUCUUGGCCUAUAUACGUCUCGGACACAAAUACCAGAUUGAAGACCUGUGCCAAACAAGCGUCAAAGCACUCGAGCGCCAUAUCAACCCACUGCUGCUAUCAUCUUCUCUCUCGCCCUGGGACGAUCACCCUCCCUUUUUCGAUGCGACGGAGGCACCGGUUGUCGUCAACCUCGCGCGCGUGGUGGGGGAGUGUUCUCUUCUUCCCUACGCGAUGCUUCUCUGUUCGAGGUCCGUUUACCCGAAGUUCACCGGCGUAUUCAGCUACAGCGACGGGACUCGCGAGCCUCUGAACAAGGCCGACGAAGAACGGUGUGUGCAGGCCACCCAUCACCUCGUACUUGCCACCAUCUCCGCCGUCCACUCUGUAAUUCUACCCCCUGUCGGGUGCACGACUCAACCAUUGCCAGGAAAAGUCCCGUGCCAGCAAACGAUGGACGGCCUCACCCGCACCCUCCUCUUGGCCGUGACAUCUCCGACGCGCCCUCUGGACCCUUUGAUGUGGGACCUUCUCAGGCACGAUUCGAUGCAGGCCGCAAAGAGCUCUCUGUGCCUCCGCUGUUGGGAUGAAGUUUCAGGACGAGUCAGACAACAGCGCCGAGUAGUAUGGAACACGCUACCAACGAUAUUUGGCCUUGAGGAUAUUUCAGGCGCAUAG